AUGGUGCUACUUGUUGGGGUGUUUGUGUGUGUGGCACUAUUUGUGUUGCAAACGUUUCAUUUGCGGUACGUGUCUUUGCUAUGGCCGGUGGACAUUUUGACGAUCGAUUAUCCCGCACCCAGUUUACAAAACGAGGUGUUUUCGCUUAUCGAUCAAAUAGAGCCCGGUAAUUUGGAUUCCAACCUGCGCUCUUUUGCGGCAGAGUACCCCAACCGCGAGUUCAAUUCUCGACAGGGCGAGCUGUUUGCGCUGAAAGUGUACGAUUUACUAAGCGAAAUGGGCGUCGCUGCCAGCAUCUAUCCUCACGCGCAUUGGAAACAGCCGUCUGUGAUUGCCAAGUUACCGGGACAACGCGAGUCCAAAGUGGUGAUCGGGUGCCAUUUGGACUCCAUCAGUCUGGUGCCUUUCACUGGCUCGCCCGGAGUGGACGAUAACCUGUCGGGAGUGGUCACACUGUUGGAAGCCAUACGAGUGCUCCACCAGUCGAGCCUGGACCUGGUCCAAACCGUGGAAUUCCACUUCUACGCGGCAGAAGAGCCCGGCAUGAAGGGCUCGCUCGAAGUGCUCUCCAACUAUUCGAACGUCGUGGCGUUCCUCCAACAGGAUAUGACCGGGUACAUUGGGACUGGAACGCCACACCUGGGGCUGGUGACAGACUACGCCUCACACUCGUUGUCCGAAUACGUCAAGCAACUGAUAAGCACCUACUGCACUGUUCCUUACCGCGAGACACAAUGCCGGCGUAUUUGUUCCGAUCAUUCUGCAGCCCUGUUGAACGGGAUCCCCGCCGUGUACGUGUUGGAGUCGGAGGUGGCAUUGUCGAACCCUUACAUUCAUUCGCGCAAAGACACGGUUGACAGACUGGACAUCAGCCACAUGACAGAGCACGUCCGGCUGGUGGUUGCCUUUUCCACCGAGAUCGGCAUGUUGCAGACCCUGGUGUCAACAAAAGAUCAGCAGUUUCGGUUCAAACUCGCCGAUCUGGUCAUUCUAUCUGCAACUACAGAUACACUGCAAUUCUUGACACUAUGUGUGAUACUUUCCGGAACAAUUGCCACUUUAGUGCUUUUCCUAAAGUCCGGGAGUCACAAGAAUACGAUAAAUUACCCCAUAAAAAUUAGUGGGGUAAUCGGCACGAAAAAGUAUAAAUACCGGGGGGAGGACUGA